AUGAAAAUCUUAUUAAAUAGAAUAAAUGACUCGAGGAAAUGAAUAAAAUUUUGCUGAACGCAAAAUAAUAGAGAACUUGCUAACAAACUACAAAAGGUAAAAAAGGCAUGAAUAAAUAAACUAAAAAGACUAUCUAACUAUGAAAAAAUCAGUGAAAGCAGAUUGAAAGAAUGUAUGCAAGAUCCAUAUGGAGCCUGAAACAAAAUAAAACGUCAGAUGAAUAAAAAUAGAAUCGCAUUAUCAUUAAACAAAGAAGAGAUUAAAGCUUGAGCAACAGAAUUUGAAAAUCAAUUUAAAAGUAAAAUAGAAUUCAUACCACAAAAGGGAUGCUCAAAAGAAGAACUAUGAGAUUUCCAAGAUAUCCAGAAAAUCAUUAAAAAAUUACCAAACAAAAAAGCUCCUGGACCAGACAAUAUAAGAAAUGAGAUAAUAAAGAAAGGUGGAGAUAUAAUGGCAGAAGCAAUUACACAUUUCCUUAAUAGUUGCAAAUUAAAUGGAAUCCCAGACAAAGCCAAUGAAGCAAAAACAAUCCUUAUAUACAAAGGAAAAGGUAAUCCGAAGGAACUUAAUAGCUAUAGACCCAUAACCUUAAUGAAUAAUUUUAUGAAGAUUCUUGACAAAGCAGAACUAAAAAGAAUUGAAAAUACGGUUAAUAUCUCAGAAAGACAACAUGGAUUCACAAAAGGAAAGUCAUGCAUGACUCAGAUUUUUCUCUUAAAAUCUACACUGGAAUAUCGUAAGUAUUACAGGAUUGGAAAAGGUAGAGACUCAUAUAUAUUAUUUGUUGAUUUCUCAAAAGCUUAUGACUCAGUUAAUAGAAUUAGACUAUUAGAGAAAAUUAAAGCAAAAAAAAUAAAAAAUGAUAGCUGAAAAUAA